CCAAAUGACGUAACGACUCGGUAUAGAAGUGCGAUGCAGUCAUCGCAGUUUUCGGCCUCGCAUCAAAGUGUUGUGGGACUUUCGAUCGCGACGCGCACGCAAAAUCCAAUCAAUUUUCGUAUUUACAAACCAACCGUGUGUAUUUAUCAAAUCCAUUAGGAUCCAGUUCUUCGCGUCUCGCCGAGCAGCGUUCUUCAUCUCCAGUAAUUUAGUUUGCCCCUCAUUCCAAUCGCGUAUAUCAAAGAUGUCCGAAGCGAAGGCCGAUACCGUGCAAGGAUUGGGAUUUAAGGAUAAGGAGAAAGCUUUGGACACUAUUAAGAAUCUGGAGGGUAGAGAUCCUGAUUACCAGAAGCUCGCCAUAAAAGGACUUAUUGGCAGGGCAAAGCGUGUCCUCACACUCACGAAGGACAAGGAGAAGCUGCAGAACAUCAACGAUGCCAUGGCCACAUUCGACGGGUGGCUCAAGGAGUUCGAGAACUCCAACAAAGCUAAAGAGAAUAAACCCUACUUACCUUUAGACACCAUGAAGCUGCUGCUACCGUUAAAAGAACAGUACAAACUGGAAGAGGAUACGAAGCGUGAUGCUUUCAUGGAAGCGUAUAAAAGUGUUAAAGGGGAGUACAAGAACUUGCGCACAGUCCAAAGCGGAGACGAUGAACCGUCCUGGGAUAUUGUCAGGAACGCAGCGCUCAAGAAGAUCAUGAAGAAGAUCGACGAUGAAAAUCCGAACUUGUGGGACGACGAUUUACCAACGAAAGAGCACAUGGAAGUUAUCUUGUGGUCUUACAGCCCGGACGCAUUGAGAAUUAAGAAGAGUUUGAGCAAAAUCGAGGAUAAACUUGGCAAAGAUCAUAUGGAGGAUGACAAGGACGAUGAAGAUGAGGACGAGGACGAAGAGGAUGAAAAGGAAACGGACAAGGAGGAAGACAAGAACGGCAACAACGUGGAAGAGAAGAAGGCAGUGAAAAGGAAAUCGGAAGGUUCCUCAUCAGAUUCCGAUCAAGAGAGUCCAAAGAAGAAGAGUAAACAGUAAUUCGUCUGUAAAUGUUUCUU